CGAACCUCCAUAAUAAAACUCCUCACCAUCUCCUCCCUCUCGCUCAAACCCCCAAUUUUUCUCUCAAUCCCAACUCUCUCUCUCUCUCUCUCUCCAAAUUUGAUAAACGCCCAUCAAUAUUCAUAUAAUUCUGAUACAUAUCGAAAUCUUUCGUAAAAGAUGGCUCAGAAGACGGGAAAAGAAGAGACUGAAUUCAAGGUCGUACCAGAAACCUUGACGCUUUGCGUGAACAACUGCGGCCUCACUGGUAAUCCGGCGACCAACAACAUGUGCCAAAAGUGCUUUAUCUCCACCACCGUCACCACCUCCUCCUCCGCUGCCGCUGUAGCUCCGGCGACGUUAAAGUUCUCCGAGAAAAAUCGUAGAUCUAGCCCGUCAGAUUCGUCGGCGAGGUCAUCGGAGCUGUCUGGUACAAAUACCGAUCAGACGACGCCGGAUCGGGAAGAAGAGGAGGCGAAUACGUUACUUUUGGCGAAGAAAGCAGUGAAUCGGUGCUCAGGCUGCCGGAGGAGGGUAGGUUUGACCGGGUUCAGGUGCCGAUGCGGUGAGCUGUUCUGCUCGGAGCAUCGGUACUCCGACCGACACGAUUGCAACUACGAUUACAAGACGGUAGGACGAGACCGGAUCGCCAGGGAGAAUCCGGUGGUCAAAGCUGCGAAGAUCGUCAAAGUUUGAUUUUUCAAUAUGUAUUUGUGAAAUGCAAUUGAAAAAUGAAAUGUUGAGAUCGAGGAUCGAUCGAUCUAUAUAUUAUAUUCUGUCUCUAAAGAAGAGAGAGAAAGGGAAGUUUGUUGAAAUUUGGCAAGGAAUUCUCUCUGGUUAAUUGCUGGUGGAUUAAUCUAUUUUGUGAUAUUAAUUAUUAUUGUGUGAUUUUAAUGAUAUAUAAAGGAUUGUAAUUUUUAUCUGGAUUUUCAUUUUCUUUUUGUUGUGGUUGUUUGGUUGCGUAGAAAAUAGAAAAUGGGCAAUGAAAAAGAAUCUGAAAUUUCUGAUGCUUUUGCAGAAACUGACAAAGGGAAAGAGGUCAGAGGGGGCAUGUUUUUGUAAAUCUGAG